GGCCGCAGGGCUGACUCACCCGCCGCUUCAACUUAUAAAGCGCAGGAGCGCACGAAAAGUCGGACAGAGUCGGCUGCUGCCCCCGGCGAAGACGGUGUGUUGGAGGUUUUUCUCGAGAUCUGCCACAGAAAGUUUGUGUAAAAAGCCUGGAGAUGAAGUGCGUCGGGCCGCUGGCGCUGCUGAUGGCGCUCUCUCUCUGCGCCUUUUCCGCAGUGUUGGAGAGGACGGGGCUAGAGGAAGCUCAGGCCUAUUUAAAGAAGUAUGGCUACCUGAGUGGCCCAGCUGACCCUCAGGAUCCGUCUUACCAAGAGGAGAUCAUGGAAGCCCUCAGGGUGUUCCAGAGGGUGAAUGAUCUGCCCGUCACUGGAGAAAUAGAUGAGGCCACACUGACGAUGAUGAGGCAGCCCCGCUGUGGCCUGGAGGACCCCUUCAACAAGAAACAUAACAAAUACAGACUACUUGGUAAAUGGAAAAAGAGGAACCUGACCUACCGCAUCUACAACUACACACCAGACCUGAAAAAGACAACAACCAAGAAUGCCAUCCGGUCUGCCUUCAAGUACUGGAGCGACGUGACGCCCCUGACAUUUCGGGAGGUUGACUAUGGAAGAGCAGACAUAAGUAUCGCCUUCCAUAAGAGAGAUGCGUCCUGUGCUGUCCCAUUUGAUGGACUUGGUCAUGUACUAGCCCAUGCUGAGUCACCAGAGUCUGGUAUUGUCCACUUUGACGAGGAUGAGCUCUGGACCGAGGGAGAAUACCGUGGCACUAAUCUGCGUAUUGUAGCCGCCCAUGAAAUUGGCCAUGCGCUGGGCUUAGGUCACUCCCAGUACCGCAGCGCUCUGAUGGCGCCGCACUACUCCGGUUACCGUGCCAACUUCAGGCUGCAUACAGACGACGUGCGGGGCAUCCAGGCAUUGUAUGGUAAACGUGACACCAGCAUUUCAGGGAAUCCAUCAACCUCUAGCAGUCCCAUUUCCCCCGAAAGCAGCCCUGGUACUGACAGCAUCCCAGACCCCUGCACUGCCAGACUUGAUGCUAUUAUGUUGGGACCAUGGCGGACAACCUUUGCUUUCAGUGGUGAUUACGUCUGGACCAUCUCAGAUCUGGGACACAACACCCCAAUAAGGAUUGACAGGCUGUGGAAGUCUCUUCCUGGGAACCUCAGUGCAGCUGUGCACUCACCAAGAACCGACAAGACAUACUUUUUGAAAGACAAUAAAGUGUGGAGGUACACCGGUCUCAAACUGGACUAUGGGUACCCCAAGGAAGUGACACGGAUUCCCCCUAAUGUUGAUGCAGCCUUGUACCUGGAAAAGAACAAGAAGUUGGUCUUUAUCAAGGGCUCUGAGCACUGGCAGUUCGAUGAGCUGAGGCACAACAUCGCAGGUGUGUACCCCAAACCGCUCUCGAUGCUGUUCAGCGGCGUGCCCUCGAGCCCCGACGCAGCCCUCACCUGGUCCAACGGCCGGGUGUACUUCUUUAAAGGAGACGACUACUGGCGUGUGAAUGCGAUGCUGAGUGUGGACAGGGGCUACCCACUGAGCAAGAAGGAGCGCUGGAUGCAGUGCUAGGGUGAAACAUUAGGGGGCAGCAGAUACCAUGUGGUGCGAGGCAAGGUGCUGGUUUGACACCAAGCUCAUUAGCAGCCACUCAGCCUCAACGGGCUCUCUGUGUGGGAGAUCUGGGAAAGGAGUGCAGUUUAGACCUCCCCGAGGCUCAAAAUAUAACAACAAAGAAAUGCAUUAUUGUCUGUAAUGUAAAUGUAAUCUUAGAAGUGCCAUCUGUGAUUCAAUGAAUGGGCAUUAUCACCUACAGCAACAAAUGUGCGGUUAGGAUUUGACUUUCACUGGAUCUUAUGACUACCAAGCUUCUCCUUUACCCUCCAAGCAGGCUAAUUUUACGAGGAAUAGAUUUCGUGCGUGUUUGGUUUAUUUUGUGCUAGAAUUAUGCCAAGUAUGUUAUUCAUAAUCUCAGGGAGAUAUCAAGAGGCCUUCUCUGUCUCUAACAGAUGUGCUGCGUUGUUUGUCUUCCUCCUCUCAUAAGAUGAGAUGAAGCUGGUUGUGGUCGAUGUUCUGUUCUAACUUUAGAGUUUUCUGUAACCAGUCACAUAAUAUCCUUGGUGUUUUCUCAUUCCUUGUGAUUUUGUGUUGCACGCUGUUACUACAAAUCAUACUUUUUAUUAUCUCAUGAGUCACACGGGUCUGUGAGAAAUUAAAAGACAAACAACCUUGACUUGAUUUGUGUGCAUCUGAAGCCAUUUCCAUCCUGGAUUUGAGCUAUUAAAUAACCCAGACAUUACGUCUACAGU